GAGUCCCGCUCUCUCCGCAGACAUAUAAACGAGGCUUUCGGUCGCAGCAUCUCAUUUUUCUCGAGACCAAUCUCCAGAAAGAAGAGUUAAAAAUGAGCGGACGAGGCAAGACCGGAGGAAAAGCCAGAGCUAAGGCCAAGACCCGCUCGUCCAGAGCCGGACUACAGUUCCCAGUGGGCCGUGUUCACAGGCUGCUGCGUAAAGGCAACUAUGCGGAGCGAGUGGGAGCCGGAGCCCCCGUCUACCUGGCCGCUGUGCUCGAGUAUCUGACCGCUGAGAUCCUGGAGCUGGCUGGAAACGCCGCCCGCGACAACAAGAAGACCCGCAUCAUUCCCCGCCACCUGCAGCUGGCUGUCCGCAACGACGAGGAGCUCAACAAGCUGCUGGGUGGAGUCACCAUCGCUCAGGGCGGCGUGCUGCCCAACAUCCAGGCGGUGCUGCUGCCCAAGAAGACCGAGAAGGCCGCCAAGGCCAAGUAAAGCUGCGGAGAAACCAACCCAAAACGGCUCUUUUAAGAGCCACACACUCCCUCUUUGAGAGCUCGGAGACCACUACGUGUUUUAUUAUGUCCAGCAAUAUAUAAUGGUCCAGUCAAAGCAGGUCUUCAACAUCUUUACAAGACAGCUACAGUAAAACUAGCAUCUCACAACUUUAAAGGUAAAGUGGAGGUUCUGCUACAGGUUCUUGAUAAAGUUACUGGUCUUAGUCUAACAAAUAUAAAGGAUUUAAAUGUUUAUCUCCUGUUAUGCAUCAAAUUGUGUCUCAAAGCUUUUAAAAAAACACAUUUUAUGAAACAUAGAACAAAUAUGCCGAUGGUUGAUUUGUUUAAAGGCCAAAAGUUGUGUAAGUUCUCAAUUCUAUUCAAUUUAGCAGGGAGAAAGAUUUGAGUUUUUCCAAAUUUCUUUUCGAUCUCUGGCUGAUUGACUACUGCAUCAUUUGAAGACCUGAGUCCAGCCUGUUGGUGUUUGGGGAAAAUAAAUUGCCCACCCACCUUCCCAUGUUGGAUUCAAUUCAGUUUAAUUUAUAUAGCACCAAUUCACAACACAUGUCGUCUCAAGGCACUUUACAAAGUCAAUUCAAUGGAAUCAUACAGAUAUGAAGUCAAGUACAUAAAUUCCAGUUAAUCCUAAACAUUGAACAGUGCAGUCAGAUUCAGUUAUUUAUUCAAAUUGGAUAAAAAGUUUUUCUAUCUAGGGAAACCCAGG